GCCGCACAUUGCUGGGUCGCGCGACGCGUUUCACGUCGGUAGAGCGGGCGCCCCUCGACGCGGACGGCGUCAUCUGGUCGGCGCAAACGACGAGACGAUAUGGCGGCGCACGGUCCCUACGACCUCCAGAUCAAGCUGCUGAUGAUCGGCGACUCCGCCGUGGGAAAGACGUCGCUCCUCCUGCGAUAUGCGAACGACACGUUUUCCUCGACGUUCAUCACGACCAUCGGCAUCGACUUUAAGAUUAAGACGAUCAAUCUGGACGGGAAGCGCGUCAAGCUCCAGAUCUGGGACACCGCGGGCCAGGAGCAGUUCCGGACGAUCACGCGGUCCUACUUCCGCGGCGCGCAGGGCAUCGUGCUCGUCUACGACAUCACGGACCGGGGCACGUUCAACUCCGUGCGGUCGUGGAUGGCGCAGAUCAACGAGCACGCGGACGGCCAGGUGAACAAGAUCCUCGUCGGCAACAAGUGCGACAACAGCUCCGCGCGCAAGGUCUCGGCCGACGAGGGCCGCAAGCUCGCCGACGAGUACGGCGUGCGCUUCAUCGAGACGUCGGCCAAACAGAACGUCAACGUCACCGAGGCGUUCCGCGCGAUCGCGCAGCAGGUCACGAGCCGCAUCCCGAGCCGCGCCGCCGGCGGCGUCAAGCUCCAGUCCGCCGCCAAGCCCGGCGGCAAGAAGGGCUGCUGCUGAGGGGGGCGCGCGGGCGUCGGGGCGCGCGUCGGCGGAGCGGCGGCGUCGAUCUAAAAGUUGUUCAGAC